GCAGUCGUUUGGAAGGACAAAGAAGAAGCCAAGACACCUAGGCUGAUGUACUACUGCACAACCAAAAUCUCACCCUCUUUCUGCAAGGGGUCGAUGGGAUCCCUCCUAAUCGUCAUCCCUUCCUUCUCUAGCUAAAACUGAAGCCAUCUCCCUUCCACCCCUUGUAUUCAUUCUUUAGAUUGCACAGGAUAAGAGAAGAACAGAAGGAAAGCAUACAUAACGUGCUGCUGGUUUUUCAGUUUGGGUAUCUUAAGGGAAUCUUAGGGACUUGAAGAUGGCGUUCGCCCAUGGAAGAGAUAUGUUUGACUUUACGGAGCAAGAAGAGGCCUGGAAGCAUGCUCCUUUUUUGCUUUCCUCCUCUUCCACCUCGUCCCCGUCGUCGUCCUCUGCUCCUUUCAGGUGGAACGACGGCUCGUCGAGCAGUAGCCGCCGUGGCGAUGAUUCCUUUAUCGAAAAGGAGCACAUGUUCGACAAGGUGGUAACACCGAGCGACGUCGGCAAGCUCAACCGACUGGUGAUCCCGAAGCAGCACGCCGAGAAGUACUUCCCGCUGGAUGCGGAGGCCCACGGGAAAGGGCUGCUGCUCAGCUUCGAGGACCGCAACGGCGAGUCGUGGCGCUUCCGGUAUUCAUACUGGAGCAGCAGCCAGAGCUACGUGAUGACCAAGGGAUGGAGCCGCUUCGUCAAGGAGAAGCGGCUCGUCUCCGGGGACACCGUCUCCUUCGGUCGUGGCGUCGGCGAGUCCGGUCGCGACCUCCUUUACAUCGACUGGAAGCGGAGGCCUGAGAACCAUGGCGCAACCCGGGCGUCUCGGAUCUCUUUCCAUGGAGCAUCCUUUGCGCAAUCUGCAGGACUGUGGGGUGGUCACCUCUUCAUGCCUCGUCCUCCUCCUCCUCCUCCGGCGACGGUAUACGACCACCACCGCCUGGGGUAUGGAUACAAUGUUGUGAGUGCGAGUGCUCUUGGGGGGCAGUAUCUUUUCUACCAAUCUCCGGUGACGGGGCCAUCACCGGUCCAGUUGCAACCUGGUGGCGGUGGUGGCUCGCCCAUGGCUCAUGAUUCGGUGUCCGUCGUCCACAGCCAGGCUACGGCCAAGAACGUAAGGCUGUUUGGAGUAAACCUCGUCUGCACCGGAACGGAAAGCAAAGCCAAUGGCAGUAACCAAGGCGCAUCAUUUAGUUGUCUAAGGUCGCAAGAGGCAUCUGCUCUCCCUCUCCUCCAAUUUCAGCAUAGCAGCGCCGAAUCCUCGCUGGUUUCGUCUUCGUCGACGAGCAAGGAGCAGCAUUCAUCGUUGGAUCUUGACCUAUGAAGAAGACGAAAGCAAAAAAGCGAGGACAUUGCCAUCUUCUUCCGGAUCAUUUGGGACGGACGCUGAACAAAACUGGCGAAAGCUUUGGAGGUUCUUUCUGUAAUUUUCUGCUUCUUUCAUUCGUCUUCAUAAUCUUCUCUUCAAGUUGUAAAUACAUGGAAAGAUAUGAAGGUUCGUAAUAUGAAUUCUAAUAUGAAUGAACCUUUCUCUGGCCCAAUGUUCUCCUUGCUUAAAUUAAUCUCUUCUAAUUAAUCCAUGUUAUCUCAGAAUAAUCUUUCUCAGAUAGUUCCAAAGUAGUCAACUCGACAUUCCUUAAAAUGGAGGACAGACAUACAGUUCUGAAGCAAUAGAGGUCAGAUCUGAACCCCGCCCUCCAUAAGUCUUUUUAUCUUGCAUUUAUCUGGAUCUCAUUUUUGUCUGCUAUGCCAGUGUUGGUAUGUUAUCAUCCAUGCAUAAUGUGUAAGCAUGUCAAAAAGUUAAUGCAAGUAUUUGUUUUUCCUUGCUUUAUUCUCAGAAACAAAAAUCUAGCAGAUGGAGCUUGUUUGGACUCUAAUGUUAAACCAUAUUAAAGAACAUCUGUGAGAGCUUUACCUUCCUGCACUCUAUUUAAAGCCUGUUAAAGCUGGAUGAGCUGUGCUUUUACUGCAAAUUAAUUGAGGUUUAGGGAUGCACUGCAUUUGUCAGUCCUACUAAGACAGUAUAGGUUGUCACUGAUCUCCUGUCAUCUCUCAGUUCUACAAGAAAUUGUUUGGGUCAUUUCUGCAUCAAGUUCCUCCAUUAAAAUCUGUCACUGGUAUAUCUGUCAGUGCCUUCUUUUUCUUCAUUGCUCAUGCCUCAAUGAAUCAUCUGUUCUUUACAUUGUUGCUUCUUUAGGGAAUGUGUCAGUACAUUACUUCACAACAUUUCUAUCUUUGUUUAGAAAUGAGAUGAAAGGCCGCCUACAGAAAGUUUUUCAUAUCUUUUCACUGCACAAUCUAGGCUUUGGAAUUAAGUCUAAGAACUUCUACUGGUAAAAGUACAGUUCAUUCAAUACAUAGUCGGCAUAACAUCUUCAACUAUGACCAAGAAUUAACAUGGAGAUGCUGAAAUGUACAACGAAAAGCCAAUGAUCAACUGUUCUGUAAUAAAAUUAAGAGUGUUCAUAAUCAAAAUUUGAUGAUCUAAUGUAUAUCUGGAUCUCUUAACAAAUCACAGCCAUCAUGUCCUUGUUCUUGUAGUUAUAUUUUAAUUUAUUAUGAUUUUUGGACUAAUUACGACCGGUCGAGUAUAUUAUGAUGAUUGUGCCCAUGACGAUCCUCCAAUUCAGUCAUUUUUCUCAACAUAAAUUGUUGGUUUUGCAUGGUUGUAUACAUCUACAUGCAAAGUUGUAAUUUUUUUUUUCAAAAACAAAGAACAUUACUAAGUUUAACUUGGAAAAUUGUGUGUUAUUUGUUCUAUGACGUUUCUACAUUAGAUAAUUCCUCAAAUGUCAGUUAGUUUGUCUAGUAUAUAUACUGAUAUAUAUGUUCAUGUCAUGUUUCCUUCUUCACAUUGUCAACAUUGUUGACAAGGAUAUGCACUUGCAUUUUGAUGGGAAGUUGGAAUGUUUUGUUUGGAGUAUAGGCAUAUCAUAUAGAUUAGAAGUUUUAAGUUAGGGAAUGUUUGCACAUGUAGAGAAAUCCACACUCAGGUACCCAUGCUUUAUCUGACAUGAUAGCUUCAUAGUAAUUAAGAUGGAUUACUUGCCUAUCACAAUCAUGAUUUCUUAACUGAAUGUUCUGUACAUUGAGAAAGAUUCUUUCUUGAUUAGAUAUUCAGGAUAAUGGUCUAGUGGGGACAAAAUGUCAUUAUUGCUGUUUUAUACAUCAGGAUCAAGGCAUUGGAUCAAAGCCUUCUUUUCUUAAUUUCUUGAUUACAUGAUCAUUAAAGAUCACUAUGUAGAUUGCGAAAAAUAUAUAUAUAUGGUUUUAGAUGAAGAAUUAUAGAUGGAAUCUGGGUUGAUAUAAACUGUUUCAUAGACCUGAUGGAUAGUUGCAUGUUUUCACUUAUCCUACAUUAUAACAUGCUGGUUAAUCAGCUGAGAGUUCUUGGACAACCAAAGACCACCCACAUCGUUAAGCAGCUAAUCCCUGUGUGUAGUAGUCUUAAAUAAUCAUUUUUUUGCUGUUAGUACGUCAAGAAUAGAAUCUUACAUUGUAAAAUAAUUUUAGAGCUGUGAUUAAUUCAAAAGGAUCUCUUGUGCAUCCUAUUCUUGAUACAAACUAUACAAUCCAUCUAUUAAACUGAUAACUUGGCUAAGCAUAAGAUUCUUUUGAUGCAUAUUAAGAUAUAUGUACGGUUUCAAGCAUGGGAUGGUUAAUAUAAAUCCAUUCAUGCUGCACACACUGGAUAAGAAGCAACAAAACCAAAGAGAAAGGAAUUACUCUAAUCUAAAAGAAACUAAACAGUUUAUGUGCCGGUGAUCUACGCACAGUCGCCUCUUCAUUGACAUUUCUUUUCAUGCACAUGUUGUACUGAAAAAGGGAUUGAUGAUGAGUUUUACAAUGUACGUUCCAUUACGAGUCUAAGCUAAUUUAAUUUUAAGGUGCAAGCACUACUACAUACACAUAAAUUUUAGCCAUGCAGCUAUCGUACAAAUUCCAGUCAUCAGGUUGACUUAAUAGUCAUUACGGAAAUAAAUUAUGAUGAUUAGGUCACCUUUCCAAUGUUUAUAAAUGGCAUUGAUGCCUAAAGAUUCCAAAUUGUUUGUGGUUUUUGUUACGUUAUCUUAUACAUUUCUCUACCAUGACUUCUUCAGGAAUUGAUUUUUUGAAGUACUUCAAGAAAAAUUUCCAACAAACUAAGCAAAAUAGUAGCGAAAAGGUUUUAGAGUGAACUUAUUUGAUAUAUAGAUGCAAUACUAUCAGUUCUCAAGAAGCAAUAUUGAUAUAAGUUAAUGACACAAAUACCUCUUAAUAGUUCGAGUAUAUUAAGCUUGACUGACACAGUACUUCUUUUUAAUUUUUGAUAUGCGCACAUUGAUUCCAUAAUUGUAUAGUUUAGUUGAAGCCCGAAGUCGAUAUAAUGAUUUACUUUCCCUGCAUUUAAACAGUAAUUAUUUGUUUUUUCUCAGGGUUUUCGGUGUAUUUAAACAAAAUUUAGGAGUGACUGGUGAUUACUCUAUGCAUUUCUGCAAUGAAGAACAUUCCCUUGGAAGAACUCUGCAGCUCAAGCGUGAACAACUGAGAUGGAAUAUCAAGUCAAGUGCCUUGUUAAGCCUCAUCUGCAUGUUGUCUUCUUCAAGACCACUCAGGCCAACAAAUCUUACAGAGUUUGGUUCACAGUCUAAGCGAACGAUCUCAUUACACAAUCAGGCAACAGAAAAAUCGGUUCUUCUACAGGCAAGAGCAUGGCAACAUAACUCUCCAUCAUUAGCUCGAAGUGGCAAGUAGAAUAGAGGCGAAGACACACAGACGGCCGUCCUGGAUUCGUCUGCGACGCACCGCAGAUGGGACGCAUGACAGACUGCAUCAUCCGUGGAAGCUCCUCGCUGAGGAACAAGGCCAAGUGUGCAUCUGAGCCUGCUCUGCCAUCUUCAUCUUCAUCCUUAGGUGGUCCAAAUGCUGCUAAACCAUUAUAUAUGGCGAGUUCACAGUCUUCUUGCAGUCCGUCGCAGGACUCGUAUCUCCAGAUGCCAAAAGGUUAGGUCGACCGCCAUCCCUCUUUGAUGCCUAUUGCCUCUCCCUUUCGGCUGAGCCCACCACCUCCACCACCACCACUACCCCAUGUUCUUGAGGACAACCUCUCUUCGGCAAUAAAACUUAUCAAACCAUCCUACCCAUGUCAAUCAACUCCUUUGGAUAUUGUAUUAUUGCCUUUGCCACAGCUAGUUUUAAAAUGUUCAUCACUGUUGUAUCA